UUUUCAUGAGUAAUAUUAACGGGAUUUAACACAUUUCACAAGUGGGGCGAUUUUUUAAAAAGUGGGGCGAGUUGGUGAUCCAGGUUGGGGCGUUUUUUUUUAAAGUGGGGCGAUUAGGUAUGGGGCGACUUUCCAGUGGGGCGACUUGUCAUGGAUGCCAUGAAUGACAUGAAUAGGAUUUGAUAGGCCUGUUCGAUGUCUCAACUCCAACCUUUAAUUAUUACCACAGUAAAUUGCUCACAAAUUGUGGAAUCAGAAUGGAAAUAAGACAAAGACGUAUAGUUUGGUAGAAAAACUUAAUCUCUAUUAAUUGGUGAGAAUGUGCACUGCGUUAGACUGUAAAGAACAAGCUUAUGACUUCAAUGGGAAGAGGUGCUGCAAUAAAUGUCCACCUGGACAAGGAUUAAGUCAGGAUUGCUCUCAUGGUAAUGAUACACAGUGUGGAUCUUGUAUACAAGGACACACAUUUUCACCAGAAUUCUGGCAUACAGAAAAGUGUCAAAAUUGUUCUGAAUGCAAAAAAGAUUCUCAUGUCAAAACUCCAUGCACAGUUAUAGAAGAUACCAUUUGUGAAUGUAAUGUUGACUUUUACUUCCAUACUGUAGCUAAAGAAUGUUCAUUGUGUAAUUUUUGUCCAAUCGGAUAUGGUGCCAUCAUUCCCUGCAAUAGAUUACAGAAUUCUAUUUGUCUCAAAUGUCCUAAUGGGACCUACUCUGAUGUUAAAAGUGCAACAUUGCCAUGUAAACGCUGUACCAAAUGUUCAUCAGGCCAGGCAGAAUUCAAACCUUGUGGAGACACAGAAAAUACUAUCUGUUAUGGACACCCAAAAGAAAAUUAUACAUUACAACCAACAACGGCCAAGGAUAAGAAAGAUUUUGAUGUGAUACCUGUUUACUGUGCUGUGCUUGGUGCUGUUGUACUGGGACUACUGGUGUAUGUCAUAUUUAAACAGUAUACAAGACUGAAAAAUAGAAAGAUUCAUAAAGGCCAUGAACCCCAUGAAGAAGUGGAAUAUUCCAAAGCUUCAGGAUGUGAUAGUGGAGUUUAUGUGGAAAAUGAAUUUUGUAAACAAUAUAACCAGCUCAGCAGAGUCAGAGAUUUACCUGUGAAGAAGAAAAAAGAAUUAGAAAAAAAUUUAUCCAUGCAUACCUCUGAUGGUAAUACAUGGAAACAAUUAGCAAAGGAAUUAGGUUAUCAAGAGAAGAAAAUUGUUGAGUUUGAAUCAAGUUCGUCUGAAGUUGUCAGUCAUGUACAUAAUUUGUUAAACCAUUGGUCAAAAUAUAAACAUUCUACAGUGGAAGUGUUAAUCAAGGCACUCACAAUUAUAAACAGAUUGGACAUAGUGUUAAUUUUACAAAGAGACAUCACAGAAAGAAAAAGUCAUUUACACAAUGUUAUUUAAGGUGUAUCAUAUUAAUAUACCAUGUUGUUAAUUUAUAUUUAUUAUUGAAAUUUUUUAUAACAAC